AUGGCAAAUUCUCUCCAUUCCCAGCCCCCCUCAUCGAGAUUUUUUCAAGUCUCUUUCCCAAGGCCAGGGGUACUCUUGGUAACCAUUGACCGGGAAAAGCAACGCAACUCAUUGCCCGCCGAAGCGCAUUGGGACGGGCAUAAUCUUUUCACAUGGUUUGACGAAGAGCCUACGCUUUUGGUUGCUGUGGUCACCGGCGCUGGUAAAAAAGCCUUUUGCGCAGGCCAAGAUUUGGUCGAACAAAAUGCGUCGCGCCGAGGACCGAAAACAGCCGCACAGAUGGCAUUAAUGAACCACCCACCCAGUGGCUUCAUGGGAUUGAGCCAGCGCAGAGGCAAAAAGCCCGUUUUGGCUGCCGUCAAUGGAUUCGCCCUUGGUGGAGGUUUCGAAAUAUGUCUCAAUUGUGAUAUGGUCGUUGCGGCACCUGAUUCUCAAUUCGGCCUACCAGAAGUUGCCGUCGGACUGUAUGCUGCCGCAGGAGGCCUCCCUCGCCUCAUGCGGAUCGUGGGCUUGCAGCUGGCUUCGGAGAUUUCCAUGACCGGCCGAAGAUUAUCUGCUCAAGAGGCGUUAGACUAUCGGCUGAUCAACCGAGUCUCCCAGUCAGUGGACUCUGUGGUUGAUGAAUGCUUAGAGCUGGCAGGGCAAAUAUCAAACUUCUCACCUGAUGGGAUUAUCGUCACCCGGCAGGGGCUACGGGAGGCAUGGGACAACCCAAGUGUGGAGCAUGCCACAUCGCGCACCAGACAUGAGUAUGUCAACAGGUUGGUGGCCGGGGAAAACUUCAAAAUUGGCGUGCAAGCAUUUGCAAACAAAACGCGACCGAAAUGGAUUCCCUCCCGCUUAUAA